AUGCGCAAGCACAUCUGCAAGAUCUGCCACAAGCGCUUCAACCGCCCGAGCAGUCUGCGGAUACACCAGAAUACCCACACAGGGGACACCCCUUUUCGGUGUCCAUAUCCUGAGUGCGGACGCUCGUUCAACGUCAACUCGAACAUGCAGAGGCAUUACCGGAACCACUCGGCGACGGGCGGGCCGGCGAGCGUUUAUCCUAAGGAGGGCGGCGUGGUAGAGUCAUCGUCAUCAUCACCGUCGCCACCCCGUCCUCCAUCUCCGCCUUCGCAAAAAAGCACCUCUCCACCUGCACCCACCGCACCAUCCUCUCACCCAGCAGCGCCUACGAUCUCCCCUCUAUCCUCGCAUCGUCCCAAGGUCAACCGCGGCGCGUAUGUCUGGUGCCCUUCGUCGUCUGAUUCCGAGGAAGAGGACAAUGCCGGUGGCGCGCGGGAGCAGCCGAGUUUUAAGCUGCAUGCUGCAAGCUUUACUGACGUGCCGAGGGUGUGUAACGAAUGGCGCGACGGGUUGGGUGGUUAUGGAGAUGUGGAUCGGGGGACGAAGAGGCGACGCGUUGAGGAAGGACGUCGGUGGCCUUGUUGGGAUCGGGUGUCUGAUAUCCGGACGAAAUAG